AUGCGUGACCUUCAUGGACGACAAUUGGUGUUGGAUGAAAAUAGUUUUUUGAAAAAAGUAGGGCAAAAGAAUGAUGCUUUGAAUAAUCAAGCCUCCAAACGAUAUCAUAGCUUAUGGAAUGAUCAAGGAAAGUUGAAGGAUAAUGAUGAAGCAGUGGAUACUCGACGACAACAAGCUCAAUCUAUGACCAAUUCUUUUUAUGAUCUUGUCACUGACUUUUAUGAAUAUGGUUGGGGUCAAUCCUUUCAUUUUGCAAAACUAUAUAAAGGUGAUACUUUUGAACAAAACAUUAAUCGACAUGAAGCCUUCCUGGCGUUGAAAUUGGGUUUGAACAAUAAUAUGCGGGUAUUGGAUGUUGGUUGUGGUGUUGGUGGUCCAUUACGAGAAAUAGUCAAAUCUUCUGGUGGAGCUCAUGUGACAGGCAUAAACAACAACGCAUAUCAAAUUGAAAGAUGUUUGGCUUACUCGAAGAGAUAUGGCCUGUCUGCAAGAACAGAUUUUAUCAAAGGUGAUUUUACCAACAUGCCUAUUGAAGCACAAACAUUUGAUGCUGUUUUCUCUGUGGAAGCAACAGUGCAUGCACCACGAUUGGAAAUGGUGUAUGGUGAAAUAUUUCGUGUAUUGAAACCUGGUGGACGAUUUGCUUGUUAUGAAUGGUGUACGACAGAAGCUUAUGAUGAAAACGAUAUGACACAAAAGAAGAUCAUUCAUGCUAUCGAACAAGGUAAUUCGAUUUCCAAGCUUUAUUCAACAAAACAAUGUUUGGCUGCUCUUUUAUCUGUGGGAUUCAAGAUUAUUGAAGAAGGUGAUGUGGCGGUAGAAGAUAGAGGUACUCUUGGUCCUUUCGAUGGUGCAGCGACUGUACCUUGGUAUUAUACUCUUAGCAAGCCUGAUCCUGGUUUACGUGGACUUUUACGAUCUCCUUGGGGUCGUCGGUAUACUGAUACUUUGUUGACCAUAUUACAUAAAUUCAGAAUGGUGCCUUCUGGUGUGUUGGAAACCUCUCAAUUGUUGAAUGCUGCCGCUGAUAAUCUGGUUCUUGGUGGAGAAAUGGGUAUUUUCACUCCAAUGUUCUUCUUUUUGGUGGAGAAACCUUUAGAAUGA